AUGGCACAUGAAAAUUAUUUAACAGUGAGUAGACAGCUGCGAAAAUUAAGAGAUCCAAUUAUUGAGAUGGUUGAAUUUGGAAACAUGGAAAAAGGUGAAUUAUUUGGUCGGGCACAAUAUAAUGGUCACGCUGCCUCCUCUUCUUCCUUUUUCUAUCAAAGUCAACCCUUUGAAAAAUGCUUCCACUACACCUACGAUUCUGAAAACACCAAUUCAGUUGCCAACAAUCCGAACCCACAACAUCCAACUUUGGGAGGUGUGGUGGUUGUCAAGCGUAACCGCCCUCUUGAGUCUUCACCGUUCCUCUCUUCAUCCGAUGCGCACUCACACAAACGCACAUUUCGUCUAUUAUCCGGUUAG